CUCUGCGUAGAUCAGUGUGUGUGUGUGUGCAGCCUGUGUAGCUGCUGCGCGCUUUGGUGUUUGAAGGAGAUUUCCUUUUGGGAAAGAAAGCGCGCAGAAACGCGCACCGGGAAGGACAUGUAAGGAAGGAGACUCAACCGCGCACACGGGGAACGCACAGGCACAGGCGCAGGCGCGCGCACGGCAGUGCACGCAGUAAGUGUCACCUGAGCCGCUCGUCUCAUCUCGUCUCAUCAUUUUCGCUGACCGGGAAGGUUUUACACCUCAGGAGUUUAAUUUCUUUUCUUUUUUUUGGUAUUUUUUUUAUGGAAACCGAAACGACUGGUGAAGUCGUGGUCAUGCUGCCUCCGAAAAACUGCCUUCCGAGAAAUUACAGCUGCAUCGCCGGCUUGUUCGGGAGCUUGACCGCAAACCAGAAGAUGGACGACGGCGAUAAGACGGAAGGCGAGGAAGAGGAGGAAGAGGAGGAGGAGGUGACCGGCGAGCGCGAACCCUUGGAGAUGCGCGUCGUGGACGAGCGGCCGAGAGGACGCGAAUCCCUGCCGAAGCCGCCGCCGAGUCCCGGCCUGCGCCGCCGCUGCAAGUCCCUACCGAGCUCCGCGGAGAGGGCGAAGCUGGAGGUGGCGCGCAUCUGCAGCCCGUCCAGCCAGAAGAAAGUGCGCUUCGCCGACUCGCUCGGCCUGGAGCUCAUCUCCGUGCGCCACUUCGACGACACCGACGUGCCCGAGACGCCCGACCGCGUCCUGGACAAGUUCAAGAAGGCCCGCGCGCUCCACCUCAACAACUUCGAGCAGCACGCGCACAACGGAUACACGCAGUCGACCUUCGUGGAGACCCAGUUCACCUGCCCCGGCGCGCAGCCCGACUUCCGCGAGCGCCUGAAGAGCGCCAAGGUGCUCCUGGAGUCCGUGGAGACGGACGAGUUCAGCAUCUCGGGCGUCGUGCGGGUGCUGAACCUGGCGUUCGAGAAGCACGUGACGCUGAGGUACACGCUCAACAACUGGCUGACGUUCGUCGACGUGCCCGCGUCGUACGUGCCGAACUCGAGCGACGGCGGCUCCGACCGCUUCCAGUUCAAGAUCGUGACGCCGGCGUUCCUCGAGAGCAGCGGCAGCCUGCAGUUCGCCGUCCGCUACCGCGUCGGCCCCGACGACUACUGGGACAACCACGACGGCAAGAACUACAGGGUGCGACGCCACCGGUUCAAAAUCUCGCCUCCGCGCGAAUGGGAUAACGGCUGGAUCCACUUCAUCUAGAACCGCUGUCUGUGUGUGUGUGUGUGUGUGAGAGAGAGAGAGAGAGAGACAAUUAUGAUGAUGAUGAUGAUGAUGAUGAUUAGUAGUAGUAUGACCUGCAGAGCCUGUAGCUUGAAUCCCACGUGGAAUCUUCUCCCCCUCCUAUAGAUGAUGUGUCCUAAUUAAAGCGACGCUCGUUAUCUCUUAGAUAAGACUUCCCCCAGACUCUAAUCUCAUUAAAUCAGAUUACACAAUCUGGCAGGCUCCAUCCUGAACACCUCACACUGAUGGUCAGUAGAUAUCAUAUAAUAUCAUAUACAGGAGUCAUAGGUUUAUAAAGCAUCAUCUUACGGUUGAGUGCAAAAGUUUGCAUCCCCUGUUGAAUAGCUGGCAAUCAGUUAAAUUAAAUAGAUGAAUGAAAUGUUAACUGAGACUAAAGCCGUCUGUACACUGUGCGUCGUUUAAGAUCGUCGUCCCAAUCUAAUCUCUAACCUGUGCAUGUCAGAUUUUACAAUACAAUACAAUCAAUCCUCUUACCCAAGUCCUGUGAGCUGAGAAAACAAAGCUUCAAUAAUGUCAUGAAUGAGCACGAUCCAGGCUCGUGCAACAAUCUUGAGACGAUAAGGAUAUUUUUCCGUGUUGUGUGCAUGCUUUGUUUACUUGUUUACUUUUCUUAAGCAUAUUUGUAGCUGUUCUACGAAUUUUGCAUCAGUCCUCCUUUUAGUCAAGCAUCAGUCAUAGCAGCGCCCACGCGCACUUUGUUAUCGCCUGCCUUUGGUCUCAGUGCCACGCCAUCAUCUACGUGCUCUGAAACCAUGCACAAACCCAGCUUAAGCCUAACGUGUGGUUAUCUUCAGUCGUAAGCCCUGUAUUGCCUUUAGCACGCUCUAAUGAAUGUAGGCCACACAUUUAAAGAGUUUAAUGAAUGACUGUCUGAAAACAAAAAUGAACACAACAAAAUUUUACUUUUUAUUCAAGACAGGAAAUGUUAAAAUAACAGGACUCAGGGAGUCCUAAGGGAUUUCUGCAAGUGGUCGGGUUACAGUGUUACAGUCAGUGGGAGAUUAUAAAAGAUCCAAAAUAAACAGUUGAGAGAGAUGUGAUGUGAACAGCUCUCAUGGCUGAUACAUGUUUAUAUAUAAGUCUGCUAAGCUUACAUAAAAACCUGACGUGUUAAACGCCUUAUUAGUUUCAUCAUCCUCGAGCAGGGGUAUGUAAACUUUUGCACGUAAACGUAUACAAAGUCUAGACACAGCCAAGGUAUUUGACGUAUCUCACAGACUGCUAUUCCGUUUCACAGAAUGACUUCUGUGUUGAAUAAUAACUUCCUGCUUUUUAUUUUUCGGCGAAGUGCUCCGUCAUUGUGAAAGCCGAUGUGGCUCUUAGGCCUUGCAACAUGUUUUAUCGGUGUGCAGCGUGUGUAGAGUCGUUCUCUUCCAUGGUCCAAAGCUUGAAACCUGUUCAGAGCCUCUGUCCAUUUUACGUAGAGCAAGUCAGGAUAUCUGUAUGUCAGUGCCUGUAAUAUAGCUGAGUGUACUUACAUGCUGAUGAUGCAGACGUUCAGAAAGGGCUAGGAACAUUAAUCUGACGAGAACGCGACAGCUAAGGGAUUCGCUCCAACAAACCUGGCGAGAAGUUCGGCUAUAAUGAGUCAAAAGGAACAAGGGGACAUCUUUUACCGAAGCUGCGUCUCCGUACGUGAGGAAAGGACCGUCUUCAAGAUUAUAUCACAUGACCUUCAAAGUCAUUUGACUAAAUCCUGGACUGAUUACUAGACCUGAUGACUGACGAAUGAAAUUUUUUAUCUCCACGAUCCACUACCUGUCCUGAAGUUUCCAUCUCAUCACAAGGCAGGCUGGAGGUAAGGGAAGGUCCGAGGGGAAAAUCGAAUGUGGAUAGAUUUUUCCAUUCAUUGUAAAUGCACUUGAGCAGCGAGCCAGGAUGUAUUUGCUUUCUACGUUUUUGCUCCUCCACCUUUUUUCAUAUGAGAGUCAGAAGGCUAAAAGCAAGCGGAAGCUCAGGAAAUGAGAACUACGUAGAAUCUUCCUGAAAUCAUCACACAGUUACAGGCCUGGCCCAGUUAUUGACCUCUUGUGCAAAUUUUAACUUAAAUGCUUACAUGCAUAUGGCAUUAUUGUAGCUUUUUGAACAUAAAAUUAAUUAUUUGAAGUUAAUUCUAAAAACAAACGGAAGAUAUAAUGGUACAUAUGUGAGCCUGGGAUUAUUUAACCUAAUGAUGUCAAGGAUGUUAUUUGUGUAAUGAUUUUACCAUUAGAUGUGAAACUGUAGCCAUAAACAUAAAAAAGUAACUUUAUAAAAUUUAUUCAAAUUGUGAAAAUUUGAUUCGAUAAAAAAAGCAAUUUGUAUAAUUUUCAACGUCUGAAAUCAGUACACAAAGUGCAUCAUUUGUUAUAAUGUAUUUAUAACACAGCUUUUAUAGCUAUAUGCAUUUGAGUGCAAAAGUUUUCACCCACUUUUCGCGAGAGGAGGAAAAGUCAUUAAUACAAAAUAAGUUUAAAAACUAAAACAAGUCUAAAAAGACAUACCAGCAAAAAAUCAGAAAGUGAAGUUUUGCGAUGAAUAAGGAAAUGUGUCCCAUCUGAUCGUGUUACAUAACGAGCCCUGUUUGGACGGGAUUAGUUUUUCUCACGUCACGUCAGUUAUACCGUUUUUAAAAAAAAUCGUUCAGAAAGAAAUUCGAUCAGGUUUUGUUUGUGUAAGUUUUGUCGAGUGAAUGUAAAGUCGGUAUUUAUAUCGUAACUGUCUUGUCAAUCAGCCUUCAAAGAUUCAUUCUUUUGAUCGAUUAUGUUUUCUUACUCUGGUAAUGGAGUAACGUGCGAUGUAGGCAGCGUGGAGAGAGUUAAACAGCCCAAAGCAAGGACGUCGUCAAGAGAAAAAGAUACGUGACUAAUGUACAGUAGGUGUGGUGAAAAAAAAAUUUUCUAAAAAAAAAAAAGUCACAAAGACGUGCAGCUGGACAGGAAUAAAAAAGUUAUUCGAGUGUGUUAAAAAGAAAUGCGUAGAGUACGCUGCAAUAUAAUGACCUUUUCGCCAGAGGAAACAUCAUGAAUCUAGUCAAAUUUAUAUGUUGUUUCUUACUGUAAGCUUACAAUAAAUCAGAUAUAAAAUUAAGCCUAUUUCUGGACAUAUUUUCCAAUUUUAGGUACUUGAUUUCUUGCUCUAUUAGCGGAUAAGUUCUCUUUUUUUAUAUAAAUGAAUGGAUUAGAAUAAGUUAAAUUAUAUGUAAAAUUAUUAUAAUGCUUAAAUAAUGUAAAAUAUGGGUUUAAUAAUUUUAUAUUUGGUUUAACAAUCUAAUAAUGUGUAUUUAAUGUCUAUUUAUAUAAAUUUUACUAGAUUCAAGCUAUUUUUACUUGCAAAUGUUUACUUAAUUUAAUUUAUUAAUGUAUUUAUUCUUAUAAUUUAAUUUGUUUUGCAGUGUAGGAAGUUUUGCCUGUUAUUUUCUCAAGUUUCAUUGAGAAAAAGACUGAGAUUAAAAAACCAAAAAAACAGGUCACAGAAUAUCACAUGGAGAGUGUAGAAUUACUCCAGAUUCCCAUCGUGAAUUAAAUCCUGUCCAAACAGGGCUAUAUAUAGCAGGGAAAAUGUGAUUUCUUUUUUGUAACAUGAUAGUAAAAUGACGUUUGUCGUAUUUUGGCGAACCUUUGCACUCAACUGUAACCCAUAUGUUAUUUAAAGUAUUUAAGAGAAAUAUUUAUAACACUGUUUGACUGGAUACAUCAUCCUGUAACCUGAGAGACGUUUUAUCCGUAACCUUAAAAUCAGGAAUGAGAGAGAACCAGCGAUGUUUUGUCUAGAGAUGCUUUCUUCAUGUGACGGGUUGCUUUUCAAGGCGAACUUGCUCCCAACCCCUUUCUGUUUCACAUAAACAGGUUUAUUUUCUAGCAAACACAUUUACUGUAUACUGUGAGAACUUCUCAGCCUUCCAGACAUGCUGGAGUGCCUAUUCGUUCAGGUUCAAUGUAAAGGGAAAAAAAAAGACAGAUUUUUUUAUUUUUAUGUGAUAGAACCAAAACUAGAUGUAUUUAUCGAGUUCGUAUACACUGUAUAUAUAAUCAUUCCUGUUCCUGAGUGUCUUGCGGUUUCAUUUGUGUAAACAUGGCCGUAUUGUGUCGCAUCGUUAAUGUUAAAAUUGUAGGAAAUGUAGCAUUUGUGUGGAUUUGGCUUCUACAGUAUGUUGUUAAUGAGAAGGCUUGUAUUGUUCACGAUAAUAGAAUGAGCAUCAGCAAUCACACGAGAUUAGAUUAGAUUAGAUCACUGUUCAUUUUGUCUGUUUGUUUAUGAGGCUAAAUUAUGAGUCCAUCACCCAUUAUGACCUCUCAGAGGGCGUACACACCAUACAAUCGUUUGUAUAACUUUAGCAGUUUAGUCAGUUAUUAGGAAAAAAAAGAGCGUCACCUGUAUGACUGAAAAUAAUUUUUGCACAAAGUUUGAGCACCUGGUUGUGAAAGUCGAUGCCAGGCUACUGCAGGAUGUUUUUCUUUUCCAUUAUUUAAUAAUGCAUGAAAUUCUUCUGCAGCACUAAAGCACACUGCUACUAACUGAGAAACGUAAAAGAAACAAGGAGGGAGGAGAUCCAAGGUACGAUGACAAAAUGGUCUCAGAAAAAUUCAGAACAAUUUCCUCAAUCAAACUUAAGAAGAAAAUUCUAAUCAAACUUAAGAACUUUAAAAUCACAGUUAGUGGCUCGGUUAGCUUCUGAAUUUUUUUUUUAGCUUGAUUUGAAUAAAAUGUAAUGAAAUCCAGCUAUUCGCAGCCUCAUGAACUGAUUUUGUGACAACAGGUAAUAAUAGUUAAAUAAUUAUGUAGUUUGAACUUAAUUUGGUGGUUCGUGUGAAAAAAAACGAAACUUGAAUUUAGUUACGACAACGAUCACUUGUCAGAUUUAUAAUUUAAGAUUUGGAAAUUUCGGUUUUAAGCAGAUAUAAAAAAAAAAAUUUUAUUUAUUUAAAAUUCACAGUAAAUCACUUUUAUCAUAUCAAAAAAUGCAUACACAAAAACCUAAAAUUCAAAAUCGAAUUUUCCACCGUUUAAAAAAAAAUGUUUUAAUGUUUGUUUUAAAAAUUUAAUUUGCAAACUAAGAACUUUAUCUAAUUUCAAACCUGUUUCACUAGAAAAUAAACUAAAAAAAAAUAAUGUUUUAACUCUUCUUAAAGUUUAUUGUUACAAAUUCCAUAACAUUUCACUUAAAUGUUAAAAUUUCUACAAACAGAUUUGUCAAAUUUCCUGAAAAACAUUGAACUCAAGAAAUUCAACAAAAAACCUAGAAUUCUUUCAGUUUCUCAGUACUUGUAUUUACGCACAGUGUGUGUGUUUGUUACCCAUAAUGCACUUUGAGAGUGUCAGCUUUAAACCUGAAACUCUUGGCUGUUUAUUUGUAAUGUCGUUAGACUAACACAAUCUAAUGGUCGAGUUCGACAAAGCACUUUCAAUUUUUCAGCUUGUUAAGCUUUAAAAUUGAAAAAGAACUCCCGAGCAGCCAGCUGAUAUUUGCACACGUAACACUGAAAUAAUUGUGCAAUAACGUAACAAACCGUAGUUAGCUGUAUUAACAGAGGCGCGUAGCUGCUCAGCAUAUCCUGUUGAGUUCCCUUCCUUAAAGUUGGCGUUUAAGGCUUAUUUUGGUAAAAAUUAACUCACCCCAAGUCUAUGAUAUAUAUUUAUAGAGUGCUAUAUUUGUGACCAUUAAUUGGCACUUUUUCAGAACUGAGCUGUUCCCCAAAUGCCAUAUUUUUAGCAAUAUACACCCACAGACACGGAAGUGCAAUAAACCCGCAGUGCUUAAAAUGUGAAUUUAUUUUGUGAUGCUAUUUGUGCUAGUGAGAAUCGAAUGAAAUGCGUAUGUGAGGUUAAAGGAGUUCAUGUUGUGCUGAAAAUGGGAAAUGCCAGUUAAACCGUUCCAAACGUCAAGGUCAGGGUAUACAUUAAUGGAUUUCGGGUUGUUAUUUUGAAGAAAAGAGAGCUAUCGAUAAAAAUGUGAAACUGGUGAGAGAUGAGUGUAUUUGUCCUAGAUUAAAUCCAUGCUUUCUUUUUAUUAUUAUUAUUUAUGAAAUUUAGCUUCUGAGGUCCUCUUUACAUUUCCAAUGCCACAAAGUGCGUCUUCCUGUAACUCUGGAUAAAUUAUUUUCCUGAAUAGGCUAUAAAAUGGACAGAGACUUUAUUGAAUAGAUGUUUAAAUAGUGUAUGUGUAUUUAAUAUACACUAUUUAAUAGAUAAAUGUGCAAUGUUAACGCAUAGAGUUUAUAUGGAGUGAAAAGUUUUAAUAUUUAUUAUAACAAAAAAAAAUUCCUGAAAAAAACACUACCAGUCAAAAAUUUUCGACGUAAUACAUGUGAAUGUAUUUAUGAUUUACUUAUGUGUUAUAUACUAGGUUUAUGGUUGAAAUUUGUUUCUAAGACAGCUAUGAAUAGUGGAGACUCUAAGGUGACUAUAAUAUUGUAUAAAUUUAUUUUGUUAUCAAAGUUUAUUUUUUAAAAGUGAAAAGAUACUGAAAGUGUGUGAAGCUUUAUCAGGAAUACUGUAAGCAAGUAAAAAAAUUAAGGUUUGGUGGUAAACUACGUACAUACGUACGUAUAUACAAGCAAGGUGUACAUAUCUUACUGAUUUAAAUAUUGCUUUAAAAGAUGUAGAUUUGUAAAUGCUAAAGAUGGCACAAUACAACUUUUCUAUUUCCAGCUGCAAAACAGAAAUCUCAAGUGUAGGCCGAUAUUAAUACCCAUUUAUAAUAAAUCUUUCCUUUCAAUAGUGCUAAACUUAAAAAUGAUUUUAAAAGGGGCCCUUGGCAAAUUGCAAGGGGCCUCUCCAGCCAGCAUUCAUCACCAAUAUCUAAUAAAUAUUCUGAUAACCUGUUGUAGUUUCGAAGUCUGUCAGAGCCCCCCCCCCCUUAAGAAGUAAGGAAAACUUCUUAAGGAAAACAAAAUCUAAUUAGGGCCCGAUAGACUUUGAUGUACUUCUCCUAGGAGAUUUAUACGAUCGCCAACAAACCGGGCUUUUGUGAUCGCAAUACAUUCACGAAGCAGAAUUGCAGAGGGAUUUUUGAUAUCUCAAAUGGGUCAGCUGUAACGAUGCCUUAAACUUAUGCUGAAAAGUGGUUAUUAACGAAGGCGCAGGGUGCUUGGGCCCACUCAUCGUUGAUUGCAACAAUAUUUAAUUAAUUUUUAAGGUAAAAUCAUCAUAAGAUUAAACAAAUCCUUUUUUUUUUCCAAUGUAACUAAAUCGUAAUUUUCUAGCUGGUAUCAACCAAAUAAAGAUUCCAUUUUUGCCAUCUCUAUUAAAUACUAUAUUAAGGUACUUUACUUUUAAAAA